AUGGGUCGAACUGUUUUUAUUGAAACAGAUGUAAUAACAUCUCAAUUAGAUUCUCUUCCAACAAAUCGAUUUUCUUUUGGUUUUAUUUGUGGUCAAUGUACUAAAUUUGAACGUGAUUAUAUUCAUUAUAUAAUUGAUGGUAUUACAUCAAAACAAACUGAUAUUAAUUCAUUUUUUGAUUCAUCAUCAACAAAUAAAGAAUUAUGGGCUAAAAUUAUUGAAAUAACAUCAUCAUUAUGUGCUGGUGUAUCGAUUAUUGGUUUUUAUUGUCGCGCAAAAAAUGAUCUAUUAAAAUCAACAAAUUUUACAUUAAAAAUUCGACGUUUAUUUGAAAUUCUUCAAAGUGCAUUACGUCUAUAUUCAUCAUGGAGUUUAGCACAAUCAUCACAUAGAAUAUUAUUACAAUCAGAACUUGGUAGUGGAGCAAAUAAAUGGUUAGUUAAAACAAUGGAUAUGAAUUCUGAGAGUGUUCAUUUUCGACCUGUUGAAAUGAAAACUUAUGAUAGUAAAGUAAAUCCUAUUUGGUGUAUGACAACAACUAUUCCAAUACAAUUUAAUUUAUGGCUUAAUCCAGUAACAAAUAAUAAUGAUAAUAAUAUUAAAUUAAUUGAAAAUCAAUUUGAACAACAAUGGAAACAAUAUAUAGAUAAUCUUAAAGAAAGUCUUUUAUUAAUGGAUGAUCGUUUACUACCAUUAGAUAGUUUAAAAUUAUCAUCAAAAACAAGUCAAAAUUCUGUUGAUAUUCAAUGGUUAUCACCAAUUGAUUCUACAAUAUCAGAUGUAUAUCCGAAUGAAAAUCGUAUUUGUUAUAAAUUUGAUGGAAGUGCAAGUCUUCGAUUUUUUACAUGUUAUUCCGAAACAACAGGAAAUGAUAUACGACAAUAUUUUAUUGAAGAUCUUUUUCGUUCAAUUCUUAUUCGUUUAAAUUUAGUCCUUAUUAAUAAUGAAUCAAAUAAUAAUGAAAAUAUUUUAAUAAAUAAAUUAAUCUUACCACGUCGUAUUUAUAUUAAUCGACCUGUUUUUAUUUCUGCAUAUCAACUUAUUCAUGAACCAUUAUCAACAGUUAUUGAUUCAUUACAAGAAAAUUUUAAAAUAAUAUCAGUUAUGGAAGAAGAUUUAGAAGCUGCUGAAGAAUUUCCACCUGAAAUAACAAAUGAUGAAAGAUUAAAACAAUUCAAUACUAAUAUAAAUCAACAUAGUAAUCAAGAAACAUCUACAAUUCGAAAGAGCAUAUAUCAAAAUUUUGUUACAAUGAUUGAAAAAAAUUUUGGUACUGGAAAUACAAUACUUGUCGUUUUACUCAUUACAAUAUUUGUUUUACUGAUUAUGUUUGCUGUUUUGACACAAAAUGAAGUAGCCAAACAAACUAAGUGUGGAGAAAAUGAAAUAUUGGUGAAUUGUGUUGAACCAUGCCAACCUUCUUGCUCAUGGACUAAUCGACCGAAAUGUCCUACAUUUGCUUGUUCACAGGGAUGUGAAUGUGCGAAGGGAUAUCUCCGUGCUACCAAUCAAACGAGUAGUUCAUGUGUCAACUGUAACAAGAAAAAGGCUUGUGGCACAAACGAAAAGUUAGCAUCAUGUGCUAGUCCAUGUCAACCAUCAUGUUCGUGGAAAAAUCGUCCUUCUUGUCCAACACUAAUUUGUUCAGAAGGUUGCGUAUGUGAGAAUAAUUUUUAUCGAACAACAAAUGAUAUAAGCAGUCCUUGUAUUACGUGUGCCAAAAAAUCGAAUUGA